CCUUAAGCGGGAAACUGAAGCCAUUACUCUCCAAACCCUGUUUCAUCUUCCCAAGCAUGUCGGAAAGCUGGCAGCAGCCGCCACAGACACAGCCGCAGCAGCCGCAGCCACCGCAGCCGCAGCACCAUGCAGAGCCACCGCCGGCCCUAGCUGAGCACACGCUGCCCCCGGGCACGGCUGAGAACCCCCUGGGCUGUGCCGUCUAUGGCAUCCUCCUGCAGCCCGACCCGGGCCUGCAGCCCCCACAACAUGCGCCCCUGCAGGCAGCAGGCGAGCCAGGCCCCAAAUGCGGUGUGUGUGGUCAUGACCUGGCACACCUGUCCAGCCCACAUGAGCACCAGUGCCUGGCAGGCCACGACCGCUCCUUCCAGUGCACGCAGUGUCUCAAGAUCUUCCACCAGGCGACUGACCUGCUGGAACACCAGUGCGUGCAGGCUGAGCAGAAGCCUUUCGUCUGUGGUGUCUGCAAGAUGGGCUUCUCGCUGCUCACCUCCCUGGCCCAGCACCACAGUGCGCACACCGGCCUGGUGAAAUGCUCCAUCUGUGAGAAGACCUACAAACCAGCAGAGGCAGCCGAGCCGGCCACCGCUGCCGCCCCAUCGCUUCCCCCAGCACCGCAGCCGGCUGCUGUGGCCCCUGCUGAACAGGCCGACAAGCCCUACAGCUGCCCCAUCUGCCAGAAGCCCUUCAAGCACCUGUCGGAGCUCUCCCGGCACGAGCGGAUCCACACGGGCGAGAAGCCGUACAAGUGCACGCUGUGCGACAAGAGCUUCAGCCAGUCCUCCCACCUGGUGCACCACAAGCGCACGCACAGCUCCGAGCGGCCCUACAAGUGUGCGGUCUGCGAGAAGACCUUCAAGCACCGCUCUCACCUGGUGCGCCACAUGUACGCGCACUCGGGCGAGCACCACCUGUUCCGCUGCAAUGUGUGCGAGCUGCAUUUCAAGGAGUCGUCGGAGCUGCUGCAACACCCGUGCACGCCGAGCGGGGAGCGGCCCUUCCGCUGCGGCGAGUGCCAGAAGGCCUUCAAGCGGCCGUCGGACCUGCGGCAGCACGAGCGCACCCACAGCGCCGAGCGGCCCUUCAAGUGCGACCUGUGCCCCAUGGGCUUCAAGCAGCAGUACGCGCUCAUGCGGCACCGGCGCACGCACAAGACCGAGGAGCCCUUCAAGUGCGGCCUGUGCGAGAAGGGCUUCGGGCAGCCCAGCCACCUGCUCUACCACCAGCACGUGCACACCCUCGAGACUCUCUUCAAGUGCCCCGUGUGCCAGAAGGGCUUCGACCAGUCGGCCGAGCUGCUGCGGCACAAGUGCCUGCCGGGCGCGGCCGAGCGGCCCUUCAAGUGCCCCGUGUGCAACAAGGCCUACAAGCGGGCGUCGGCCCUGCAGAAGCACCAGCUGGCCCACUGCGCGGCGGCCGAGAAGCCCCUGCGCUGCACGAUGUGCGAGCGCCGCUUCUUCUCCUCGUCGGAGUUCGUGCAGCACCGCUGCGACCCAGCCCGCGAGAAGCCGCUCAAGUGCCCGGACUGCGAGAAGCGCUUCAAGUACGCGUCAGACCUGCAGCGGCACCGGCGGGUGCACACAGGCGAGAAGCCUUACAAGUGCCCCAACUGCGACAAGGCCUUCAAGCAGCGGGAGCAUCUCAACAAGCACCAGGGCGUGCACGCCCGCGAGCAGCAGUUCAAGUGCGUGUGGUGCGGGGAGCGCUUCCUGGACGUGGCCCUGCUGCAGGAGCACAGCGCCCAGCACAGUGCGGCCGCCGCUGCCGCCGAGGGCGCCUACCAGGUAGCCGCCUGCUUACCCUGAGUCGGCGCCACGGUCCCUACCGGCCUGCCCUGAGUCCACGCCCUGGGCCCACCAGGCCCAGCCCAGCCAGCCCCCCACCCAGCUCGGUGUUCCUCGGCCCUGGGAGUGAGGUCAGAAGGGGACUAGGCAGGUGGAGGGUGUGGGCGCUCAGCAUUCCUGGCACCAGCCUGGCAGUGGGGAGCCAGAUUGCUGGGGCCGGUCCUCAUUCCAUAAAUCUCUUUCCCAUCACAGGAUCUGCUUUCUUGAGAGCCGUCAGCCUCCCUUAUUUCUGGAGGAUUGGAACCAGGCUGGAAGUCAAGUGGUCUCUCCCUGCCCCAAGGAUGGGGUGAUGCCAGCCCAACCUCCCCAAAUCUUUCAACAUAAUUAGAAACCAGAUAGGUUAGAACAGAGGAUGGUUAUGGGAGGUCUGGGAGAAGGGCCUGGACCCCAGAGGUUGGGGGGAUGUAGGGCAUCAAGUUGCUGUUUGGGGGAGAAGGCCAGCUCUGUGAUGUAGUCCUGGGGACCAGAAGGGCAGACCAUGGGCCACAGCCCUCUGUCUGGUCCAGCCAGGGGCAGUGUGACCCCGGGUUUCUGACAGGCAGGAUGGGGGUCUUUGGGCUGGGUCUGCCUGGAGCCCAGUGGGCUCAGCCAGAAGGGAAAGCAGAGAGGUUUCUGUGACACUUCAGCCAAGGGACAAUGCCAUCCGUGGGGAAAGGAGGAAAGGGAGCCUGCUUGUGCUGGGGGCUAAUCCCACGGUUUUGGAAGCACCCUCCCACCUUUGCAGUGUGAUUCCAAUGUGUGGUGGGGAAUGUGCUCUCAACCAGACAAAACUGCUGGUGUGAAAGGAGGGGACUGUUAGAUCACCCAGGGCUGGGAGGAGGCAGGGCCUAGCCCGUGAUCUUCCCAGCAGAGGCAAACGAUGUCCUCUCCCUGAAUUGUGUGAACCAAAGUGUCAGGGGUCAGCUUGCCUCAGCCCUGCCCCAGAUCCGAGGCCAGGCCUGGGUACCCAGGGUGGGGGAACAGCCUCUGACCCCAUGGUGCCUUCCUAGCCCAUGGGAAUACCACCCCUCCCCGCCAUCAUUCUGGCUGCUGGCCCAGACCCCAGGGGUCCUGUGCUGCCAAGAUGUCCUGGACAACAUCCUGCCACUUCAAAGGCCAGAGCAUUCUUUGGGUCCUCCUAGAGUCCCCCUAGGUGUCUGGCUGCCCAUAGGGCUCGUGGAGCAGAGGGUGCCCAGGGCAUUUGGGGGGGGGGGCAGAAGGAGCAAGUAGGUUAAGGAAACCAGAGGUGCCUGACAGAUGGAUGGAGUUGACUGACAUCGCUGGACAGCCAGGGUCUCCCUCGGGAAGCCGAGAAGGACCUUGAAUAGCAAAAUAAUCAUUUUGAAGCCAGCUCUGCCUCCUGCCCUCUUCCAGUGCCACCUUCCCUGGUCGUGGGUCUUGAAAGAAGACUACUCAGUGCACACCAAGGGCCCAGAGGGGCAGGGAGAUGCCACCUUGCUUCUCUCGUGCUGUGAAAAGUCUGAACAGCUGUGUUUGUUCGCCUCCUCUGUCUGACUGGGUUCCCUCCUGUGCCCGCAGAGAGGGGCUGGUCCUUCCCUCGGUGCUGGCUCUCUGUCACAAUGCCUCAAAAGACAUGGA